AUGGAGCUGGUAUCAGGACGACUGACUCGCAGAUUCAGUACCAAGGAGGAUCCCAGGUGUAUAUGUGUUACAGCCAGUAACCAUGUCAUUGUAGGGAUGACCAAACACAUCUCCAAAUUUACCACAGAUGGAGGUAAACCAUUUUACCCCCGUGGUGUGGUGUAUGACAGUGUGGGGAACCUGAUCAUAGGGGACUAUCACAACAACAGGGUCCUACUCAUCAGUGGAGGUGGUGAAUUCCUCAGGGUCAUACACACAGACACAGGCGGUUCAUGGGCUGCAGGUAUAGACAGGGAGGAUGUCCUGUGGGCAGUGUUUGGGUAUUCGUGUCAGGAUGUCAAACUACUACAGUACAGCAGUGUGUGA